AUGCAUAAUAACGAUAGAUUCCAAUUUGAAGAAAGAGAACAAAAAUUGCAUGAAUUAUCAGAAGCGAUUGAAAAACAAAUCCAACUAAUUAAAAAGGCUGAAAUUUCAAUAAAAAAGAAAGAAGAACAAUGCGAAAAAGAAGAAAAAGAACUGAAAACUUUAUUAUCUCAAAUUCAAUUACAGAGCAAAGAAUAUGAAACCAAAGCUCAAAUUGAAAUCGGAAAAGAGCUUGAAGACAGAGAAAGCACAAUCAUCAAUAAAAAAUUUGAACUUGAAGCCCGAAAAAGAGAGCUUCUCGAAAGAGAAGCAGAAAUCGAUGCACAAACUCAAAGAAUUAUUUCCGAAAAAGAUAAAAUCUCCUCGAGUGUCCGUUCUUCUAUCAAUAAGCCUAGUUCUAAAGAGCCAAUAGCAAGACUUAGAGCCCAGCUAAUCAUAAAAGAAAAAGAAAUUGAGCUCCAAGAGCAAGCUUGUGCCAAAGAACAAGAAGAAAUCUCCAAGCACAGCCACGAAAUCGAAGAAGUCACCCAACAGCUUUCAGUCGAAAAAAAGAACCUGGAAGACAAAAAAAUCGAGCUUGAGUCCAAAGAAAAAGAAAUUGAAUCCCAAUGAUCCCAAGCCAACCAAGUCCAAGAAUCCCUGCUCAAAGAAGAACAAAAACUCAACGAAGCCACCAAAAGAGCCCAAGACGAAUAUUUUCAGCUCCAAAAACAAAUUGAAGAAAUGAAAGAAAAAAUCGCCCUAGCCGAGCUUGAAGAAAAAGAUCUGGAAAUCCAAGAAAACGAAUUAAAAAAAAAAGAACAAGAAGCCAUCAUACAAGCUGAAGAAUUGUGAAUAAAAGAAGAAAAAUUAAGAAAAGAGGAAAACCAGCUAGCGAAACAAGAAGAAGACUUAAGGAAAAAAAUCGCAGAAGCAGAACAAAGAGAUAAAUCAUUGAGAAUCCGCAGGGAGUUUGAAAGUGAGCUUGAGCUGAGACUGCAAGGAUUAUUAAUGAGCGAAGACGUUUUACAAAGGAAAAACUGGGAAGAAUUGAGGGUAUUGCAAGACUGUGUGUCAAAGAUUCAGGCAAAAGAGCAAGAAUUGAAGAAAAGAGAACAAGAACUUCUAGAGCAAGACAGGCAUAAAAAAUAA